CUCAGCCAACGCAGCACAACUUGCGUGAACCGAAACCUUAUUGCAACGUAUUUGGAGAUUCUACGAAUCAGAUUCAGUACCACUACUACUGUACUAGGUCAUACUUUCACCUAGGAGGUUAGUUUCAGCGAGGCAAAUCUAGAUCAGCCACCUCUGUACAGCACAGUACAGUACCAAUCCAGUACAAGAAUCAUCUAGACCGAUCUGUUGAGUCAUAUCUCUAAUCAUCUGUAUAGAUGUCAGAACGCACAAAAUUGCUAUAUCUUGAGCAUGGAGCGCUCUACGAGUACACUAGCCGAGUACUCUCUGUCAAACCAGUCUCUUCACUUGGGUCAGACGACCAAGCCUUGGUCAAGGACCCUUCAGACGAUGACCACCCACUAGUAACUGACACCACCAUUUUUCAUGUGCAAGGAGGUGGUCAGCCAUCUGAUGUCGGUGUGAUUUCAUCAGAUACUAUUACUUUUGAAGUCACUUCAGUACGACAUGCGGCAGCCGGAGGACAGGUUCUCCACUUCGGCCGAUUCAGUCCGGGACCGGGGCCAUUCAAAGAAGGCAAAGCCAUAAUCCAAAAUAUAAAUAUUGAAAAGCGAGAGUUAUAUUCUCGACUUCAUACAGCGGGUCAUAUCCUGGGUCUUGCCAUCAAUGCUCUCUCCCGAGAAGGCAUUCUGCCCCCUUUAACGGAAUCAAAGGCAUCGCAUUAUCCCGGAUCAUCAGGAGUAGAGUUUGGUGGUUUGAUAGAUGGAAAGUUCAAGGAUGCGAUUCAGGCCAAGACAGACGAGUUUGUAGCAGGUAACGGCGAGGUUAUAAUUCAUUGGUGGCCCAUGGAAAGAUUGUUGAGAGAUUGUACCGGAGUUAUAGAGGGGUUUGCAUUGCCAGAAGGAGAGGUUGAAGGGAGAGUGGUGGAGAUCGAAGGAUUGGGAGCGUACCCUUGUGGAGGUACGCAUGUUGGUAGUUGUGGGAAGGUGGGGCAGAUUCAAGUACGAAAGAUUGCUCGAAGUAAAGGGGUAAGCAGGGUCUCUUAUGAUGUUAGCUAGCUCUAAGUGUUGUCCCAAGGUCAAAAGGCCAACUCAGCCCAACUGUUAAGACCGAGAAACUUGGGACGGUCACUUUACGAGGGUCACGUGUGGCUGGACAAACUUUUAAUUUCAAAGAUAAUAUGUAGAAGGGAAGAUCAAGACAAACGUAUAGAUGGGUUUAUAUAUUUUUCCUCAAUAAAUUUUUUUAGUCUCCUUAAGUCUCAUUAGACGAAUAAUAGGGAUUUUCUAAAAGGGAG